AUGCCUCACGCAGGUUCCAUGGACUUCCAGGCCCUCAUCCUGUGUGGGCCUGGCAGUUCACUCAAUACAUUCACAUCCAGACCCGAGGAGUAUCCAAAGUGCCUCAUUCAAGUCGCAAACAGACCCAUGGUAUUCUAUGCCAUUGACUUUUGCAGACGAUCAGGUGUCACUGAUAUUACAUUGAUCACCCCUCCACUCUCUUACACUCCAAUUCGGGCCGCUUUGGACCAAAACCCGUACCUUACAUCUUUCUACUCGUCCUCAGUCUCUGUUGUCGCACCGAAAGACCUCGAGAUGACAAUGGGGACCGCCGAGCUGCUCCGCCUCCCAGAAGUCCAGAGAUGUAUCAACACCAACUUCCUCCUCCUUCCCUGUGAUCUCAUCUGCGAGAUUCCGGCUGAGUCAAUCCUUGAGGCGUGGAUGGGCACCCAGUGUGUCGUCAGCGAUAGCAACGAUUCUAGAGGGGCUCGCCAUCCAUCCCCUCCAGCCAGAUCGUACUUCAAUCGUCAGCUCGAACCUCGCUCCGGUAGUCUCGCUGUGUACUACCAGACCGACGACAGAGAGGAGAGCAUCCAAGAGGAAGCAACUGAUUUCGUGGCCAUCGCACCGCUUGAGUACGACGAAGCGCCCGUUUUCCCACCCCCUGAAGAACCGCUAGUUCCACGGUUCAACUUAUCCAAACUUCUCAUGUCAAUGCCGAUGGAUACAAUCAAGGAGAAAAUAAAACACGACAAAGGCCUGCUCAUUCGUCAUUCUCUCGUCCAGAACUGUGCGCGCAUCAGGAUGCUCACUACCUUCCGCGACGCCCAUGUUUACGUAUUCCCCUACUGGGUCAAGGAUCUACUCCGCCACCAAAGCAGACUGGAAUCCGUUAGCGAGGAUCUGGUUGGCACCUGGGCCAAAGCAAGAUGGCAGAAAGGUCUCGGCGACAAGCUAGGAUUGACCAUGGACUUCAACAAAGACACCACUACCACCGAGAAGGACUACUACUCCAGCCCCAAAACUAGCCCAACUGGCGCAUUCGUCGACAAAGUAAUCAACCUGCGGGAGAUGAGUACUACCAGAACUCGCUUGAGCUCCGAAAUGCAGCCAGAUGGGCUUUUCCAAUCUGGUGCUACUGAACUGCCACAAAUCCUAGCUUAUGUCCACCGAGGUUCAACCCCGUUCCUCCGACGAGUCGAUAACAUAGGCAUCCUCCUUUCAACCUCGCUUUUCAUAGCAAAAAUGCCAUCUCUUGAUGAAGUCGGCAUAGAGGAAGCGUCACCUUUCGCGCACGCCCAUAAGGUUGCUUACCCCGAAGGCGUGGCUUCGCCCAGCAAUAUUACAAAGAAAGAUUGUCUGCUCGGCGACAAUGUGAUUGUUGAAUCGGCUGCCGUUAUAAAGGAGAGUGUGAUCGGUGCAAACUGCCAGAUCGGUAGCUCAGCGCGCAUCCUUCGUUGCGUUUUGAUGGAGGGCGUCGUCGUUGAGUCCAGGGCUCAGUUGACUGGAUGUGUGAUUGGUCGACGGGCUCAGAUUGGUCGUGAAUCUGUGCUGAAUGGGUGUGAGGUCCAGGAUUCUAAUUUGAUCCCGAAGGAAACGACUGCUAGGGAUGAGAAGUUCAUGGUUUCUGAGACUUUGUGUGUCUAA